AUGUCGACAAUUCUCCCCCAGAACAUGAAUCAGACUCUAGUGCCAUUACCUCUUAGAGCCUCUCGAUACCACCAGGACCCUAUGAUUCAUAUUGAGCGACAGGCAAAGCAUAUUCAGCGUAAUCUACAGCGGCUCAUAGACGCCCAAAGUGAAGGGCUUCUAGCUGGCUUGGGCGGCCAACAACAUGAAGGAAGUGCUAUCAACCAGAGCCAUGUCUCUUUCGUGGAACCCCCAAAGUUUCGAGGCGCUUCAACGGUACCUAUCCGUCAGCCGCCGGCUAAGAAGAUAGGACUACGCGCCGCAAGGGAAGGAAUUUUUACGUCCAUGUAUGACCUGCUGAAGCUCCGCGAAGAGGAACAAGAGUUACUUAGUCUCCGAUUGGAGGAACGGGAGCUUGGGUUGCACGAGAUUGAAACGUUUAAUUCCAAACGAACUGGGUUGGAAAGUUCUAUCGCCGCCAUCAAUGACAAUAGAGAAUCUCACCGGUCGAAGGAGCUGAAGGACGAAAGUUUCAAGCUCGAGACGGAGAUACACGAGAUGGAAAACAAGCUGUCGCAAAUGAGGGCAAGACAUCAACAUGUUGUCCGAGAGCUUUCUCAGAUUGAGAACACCGUCGAAUCCAAAUUGUCUUCAUACAAGGAGUCUUUGUCGCUUUUGGACUCGGACAUUCGACGAUUUCUUAGGAACCCACCUGUGAAGCCGUCGGCAAAGAGCACGGGUGGCGAAAACUUCUACUCUCUAAAAUCCAGCCGACGCACACUUGAGAUGGCAGAAGAACACUGGAAACGGGAGCAAUCCGAGUUGCAACAGAGGCAGCAGCAGGUUACUGCGGAAAUCGAAGCGCUUGAUGAAGGUGGCGGGUUGUGGAAGGCUGUUAUAAAUGACAUCUCAGGGUUUGAAAAGCGUCUGAAGGCGAUAAUGCGCCAAUCAAUCCAGUCUCACUCUCAACUUCUGCAAAUGGACAGGUCUUCAGGCAGCAAUGGUGAUGGUGACAUGGUCCGAGGUAUUAUGGAGGAUCUCUCGCGGACGACAGACCUUGUAGAACAGCAUUUGGACUAUGCAGAGGAGCGGGAUUGGAAGCUUCUCGUCUGUUGCAUCUCGGCAGAGCUGGGGGCGCUUCGCGAGGCCCGAGAUUUGCUCCUGGGCGUCUUUAAAGUGCCGGAGGACGAUAUUUGGCCAUCUCAGGAACGGAAACUUGACGAUGAUCACAAAGACACGGAUCAUAAUACACAUUCCGAUCCUCUUGGUGUCGAUGAUUCGGAGCCACCAGCUGACCUGUUGAGAGACGUGCGGGGCCAGUCCCACGAAGCAGCUUCGAAAUCGGAAGAAGAACAAGAAGAUGACGAUGAUGAGCCCGAUCCUGCAUGGUUGCUCCCCGAGUCGUGA